UCCCGCGCUCGCCUGCGAGCUGCUGUCCCGCCAAUCCGUCGUGAUACUCAGCAAGUUUUAUGAAGCGCUAUCUUCAGCGAGCAUUUAAGGCCUAAUCUAUAUCUGUCACGUUCCCAGAGCGGCGUCGUAACUCUUUAUCGUUCAAUUUCACGGUUGAUACCCGUCGCUGCCCCUGUCACUUCUACCGCCGAAAAUGACCAGAACGAUGGGAAGUCUUCUAAUUCAUCUUGCGCUUUUGAGCGUUUUCUGCAGUCGGUUGGACGUCGGCGCUGAACACUGCGAGGUCCAGCGCGAAGUUGUCACCAGUCCUGACGUUGCCGAAGUUACCGGACCACUGAGCAACGCAAUCCGUGUUGGAUGUACCAUGUACAUCUCAGGGCAAAUUGGACUGAUCCCCGAAACGAAUACCUUAAUCUCCGGUGGAAUCAUGAACGAAACCCGACAGGCACUGACGAAUCUGGGAAAUGUUCUCAAGGCAGGACGGAUGAGCUUUAAGAACGUCGCAGUUGUGACGGUGUACCUUGCUGAUAUCAACGAUACCGAUGCGUUCAACAGCGUUUACAAAGAGGUGUUUUCCAGCAAGUAUCCAGCGAGGGUGGUAGUCGAGGUGUCUGGCCUGCACUAUAAUGCUCGUGUGGAACUGCAGACCAUCGCCGUGGACUCAAGAACUUAGAUCCGGCAGUGUACUAUUUUUAUAAUAAAACGCUGUGCAUCGGGUAAAAUAAAAAAAAAUAAAAAAGAUAUAAUUUUCUGCCAUUCUAUGAACCUCA